AUUUGGUUUGGAUGGUACGUCAGCCCAUCGGCUGUCUCAAUUCACCAUGUCAUCAGCUAUGCAACAGCGAAAGGCAGAGAUCCUCGCCAAAAGAGCGAAACUUGCCGAACUAAAACGACAAAGAGAGUUGCGCCAGCAGGAGUUCUCGCAAAGUCGGGCCAACAGCGGUGAUGCUUCCGAGGUCGUGUCCCCAGUUCCUAGCCGUGCCGAUAGCAGAGCGGAGCUCGAUGACCUGAUCUCUCGUCUGGUGGACCGUCCCGGGUCGGCGUCCAUCAGCCACGCAGAUGGCCCCUCACGCAAAGGGAGCAGACCGAAUUCAGUGAUUAGUGCUAGCCAAGUGAGCGGAGAUCAUGCCGAAGCAUUCAUCCCUGCUGCGCGACCAGUUUCGCACUCGAUUGCCGUCCAAACCGUCGGUGCAGAGCCAUAUCCUACAGCACCACCCCCUGAACCAAAACCCGAAAUUGUUACAUACAGCAAAGGAGUCCAGACGGAUGACUCGAAACAACCACAAGAUACUUCAUCGGCUGAAUCUGAAGACGAAGACGGGCAGGAUCCUACGGGCGCAGGUAAACGCCUAAGCAAGAAGGAGCGCGAGCGCGACGAAGAGAUCCGGAAGAAGCUUCGCGCAGAAAUCGAGGAGGAAUUACUAGCUACCCAGCAGAAGGCAGAACAUGACGCCGAGGAUGAAUCUUCCAAACUACGGUAUCCAUUGCGCACAUUGGAUGAUGAUGAACUGAAGGCAGUGACCUCUUCCGAGGAUUUCCUGGACUUCGUCGAACGUUCCGCAAAGGUUAUUGAGCGUGCCCUUGAUGAGGAAUAUGACGUACUAGCGGACUAUGAGCUCGGUGGACUUGAUGGCGAUGUCGAGGAAGAUGACGAGCAUGGGAAGAAAAGGAGAGGCAUCAGAGAGGUUUGCCAGUUUUGGGACGAACGAUGGAGUAAGAAGCGCAUGAUCAGUGACGUGAGCUUUUCUCCAAAGUUCCCGGAGCUUGUUUUGGCUGCAUACACCAAAAACCCAUCUGCACCUCAUGAACCGGACGGCCUGGUUCAAAUUUGGAACCAACACCUGCAAUCCCGCCCCGAGUAUGUGUUUCAUUCUACAUCCGAUAUCUUAGCGGCCAAGUUCUCUCCAUUUCACCCUAACCUCAUCGUCGGCGGUUCGUAUUCCGGGCAGGUUCUGCUUUGGGACACCCGGUCAUCGCGCGCGGGUGGUGGUGCACCGGUACAGAAGACGCCUCUGACUGGUUCUGGGCACACCCAUCCAGUUUAUAGCAUUUCAAUCAUCGGCACACAAAAUGCUCAUAACAUACUUACUGCAUCUACGGAUGGCGUGGUUUGUGGCUGGACUGUUGAUAUGCUGUCUCAACCUCAAGAAUAUCUCGAACUUUCUACUCCCCCGCCUUCCAAAACCGAAGAUCUAGCCCCCACGACUAUGUCAUUCCCACAAUCCGAUCCGACAUUCUUCAUCGUUGGUACCGAAGAAGGCGGGAUCUACCCUUGUCAUCGCUAUGACCGAGCCGGUGCUAAGGCCGGGACUGACCACCGUCUUGCGUACCGCGGCCAUGCAGCCCCUAUCAUGUCUACUGCCUUCCACCCGGCUCGGGGCCCCGUUGAUCUGGGAGACCUGAUGUUGAGUUCUAGUUUGGAUUGGAGCGUGAAGCUGUGGCGUGUUCGGCCACCAGCCACCACUGCACCGGCCACCUCGGCCAUCGCCGCGACACAGGUUGUGUCUCCAAUUCUGGACAUCAACCGUGAAGACGUUGUCUAUGAUGCCCGGUGGUCUCCCCACCGCCCUGGAGUAUUCUCCCUCGUCGAUGGUGCUGGAAACCUCGAAGUUUGGGACCUCUACACGGAUACGGAAGUACCAGUUGUGCGGACCACGCCGUCCAAGGGCCGCGGUGGCAUCUUGACGAGUAGUCUCAACAAGGUGGCUUGGGAGGAGCGUGAAGGAAGGCGGAUUGCCACGGGUGGAUUAGAUGGGGUUGUCACCGUCUUUGAGGUAGGAAAGGGUCUUAGUGGCACUCCUGAAGAUGUGCCUGCCGAGGAAUGGGCUGGAGUGAAGCGACUAGUGGGGAAACUAGAGCAAAAGGACCGGAUCAACUGAGGUAAUAAUUAGGUUUGCGAUUGGCAUAGAUCACUUCGCUUUUCAGCUCCAGUGGACGACGGUCAAUGCGGCUUGACUCAAGCCUUUGUGCGGGGAGUGUUGAUCCCCCGUUGCCUGAACGCCGCAAGAUCAUCAUCCGCAAGCUAUCGUCCAGUUGCUACAACAGAGUAGCCGUCUCCCUUUUCCUUGCUCAUUUUGUACCAACCUUCCUUGCAUGGCGUCUUUUAUUUAGUUUUUAUCAUAUACCCCUCGGGCAGCUGUUGAUGUGUGUAUGUAUUUGUUGGACCAGGAAGGCGGGUUCUCU